AUGCGACGAUCAGCGUCACCUUCGAAAUCGCAGGGUGUGCGGCUGCCGCCCCGCUCGCGGGGUGACAAGUCUACAGCAGUCCUCAAGGCUGCUUUCCGCCCGCUUAGCGGUCUGCCUCAACGACCAUCGCAGCCGAAUCCAUCUUCCACAUCCUCCCCGAUCAAGCCGGUGUUGGCACCACUUGCGCCUCGCAGCAUUGAGGAGCUCCAAACCGAGAUCACCGAAGCCGAACUUGUUCUUUCUGCGAGAUUGGAGACGCACAAUGCGGCAAGAGCAGCCAAGGGUUUGCCACCACAUGAGGCCGAGCAGAUAGUCGAGCAGUACAUCAAGCUGCUCACCCAAUACAACCACGUCAAAGACGCCACCCAGCUCGUGUUUGACAAGAUCGCCGAGCUCCAACAGCUGCCUUCGGGCGACAUCCAUGCACGCUACGGCGCCUGCGACGAGCUCACAACCUCCAACCCCGCAUAG